AUGUCAGCAUUAGAAACAGUUAAUGUUUAUAUUGCAGAUAAAUCAUUAUCGGUUACAGUGAAAUUGCCAACUGGGUCAGAUUAUUCAUUGGAGCUUGAUCCGCUUGCACACGAGAUUGAACCAAAGGAAAGUAAAUAUGAUAUUUUGUCUACAAAAAUUGAAAUUAAAAUGAAAAAAAAGGAAGUUGGUAUUAAAUGGAGUUUACUUGAGGGAGAAGAUAAACUUUUGCAAAGAAUUGACACUGAUGCUAAAGGUAGCCUGGCAUAUCCAUCAUCAGCUCGUCAUGCUAAAAAUUGGGACGCAUUAGAGAAAGAAAUUAUUAAAGAUAAGGAUAAACCCGAAGGAGAUGCAGCAUUGAAUUCAUUAUUUCAACAAUUAUAUAACGAUGCAGAUGAGGAUACUAAACGUGCAAUGUUGAAAAGUUAUACCGAAAGUAGUGGAACUUGUCUUAGUACAAAUUGGAGUGAGGUUGGUAAAGGUAAAGUUGAAACAAAACCUCCUGAUGGUAUGGUUGCUAAAAAGUUAUCAUCAGCAUUGUCUUGUGCUUUUAGCAAAUAG